AUGACGCUCUCGCCUCUGGAGGUGGACAGCUCAGGCUGUGAACAAAGGAAGAAAUACUCCAACUCCAAUGUAAUUAUGCACGAGACAUCGCAGUACCAUGUACAGCACUUAGCCACAUUCAUCAUGGAUAAGAGUGAAGCCAUUGUGACAGUGGACGACGCCAUCAGGAAACUGAUGCAGCUCAACUCUAAAGAGAAGAUCUGGGCCCAGGAGAUGCUGUUGCAAGUGAAUGACAAGUCCAUCCGACUGCUAGACUGCGAGUCACAGGAGGAGCUGGAGAACUUUCCCCUGCCAACGGUCCAGCUCUGCCAAACCGUGCUGAAUCAGAUGCGCUACACCUCCAUCCUCCUGCUGGUGUGCCAGGACUCCGAGCAGCACAAGCCCGAUAUCCACUUCUUCAACUGCGACGAGGUGGAGGCGGAUAUGGUCCACGAAGACAUAGAAAGUGCACUCGCCGAUCACAAGCAGGGAAAGAAGAUACGGCCGCAGACGCUCAAAGUAAACCAGGAGAAAAUAAAGCAGCGACAGUCUAUACUCCCACCACCUCCAGGGCCAGCUCCUAUCCCUAUCCAGCACGAGAUGCGAGGCUCACCAAUGAACCACAGGAACCGGGUGGCUCCCCCACCAGAGCAUAAUGAACCAGAAUUUGAACGACGCAGCUCCAGCUCCCAGGAGCAUGAAGAAUCCCGAGCAAUCUUAGCACAGAAGAUUGAAAAAGAAACGCAAACCCUGAACUGCACCCUGGAUGACAUUGAGGUGUUUGUCGCCCGGCUUCAGAAAGCGGCAGAGGCAUUCAAACAGCUGAACCAACGGAAGAAAGGGAAGAAGAGCAAGAAGAAAGCGCCAGCAGAGGGGGUACUGACUCUUAGAGCAAGGCCUCCAACGGAGGCUGAGUUCAUCGACUGCUUCCAGAAAACCAAGCUGGCUCUCAACCUUCUGGCCAAAUUGAGAAAGCAUAUCCAGAACCCAAGUGCUUCAGAACUAGUGCAUUUCCUGUUUGGGCCACUGGAACUGAUCAUCCAUAGCUGUGGAGGCCCUGAACUCGCAAGGUCUGUCGUCAGCCCGCUUCUCUCUAAAGACACCACAGAUUUCCUGAGAGGACACCUGACACCGAAAGAAAUGACACUCUGGGAGUCCAUUGGAGAGACAUGGACCAGAUCCAGAGCGGAAUGGCCUAGAGAGUCUGUUGUCCCAACCUACAUCCCAAAGUUCCGCAAUGGAUGGGAGCCACCCCUGGAAAUCUUCCGCGGAGCCCCAUGGGAAAUAGACAUUGGACAUUUACAAGAAGAGCUGUCAUCAGCCAAUGGAUAUCCCUAUCGUAACUCAUCGAUAAAACGUGGACAGACACCUGAUCAAACACAAGCAGUUACUCAACAUGUAAAUAGGAAUUUCGAGGCACAAGGGAUGGCCCAGCCGAAGAAAUAUGCCAAAAUCCGCUAUGAUUUCACUGCUCGAAAUGCCAAUGAACUCUCAGUGCUGAAGGAUGAAGUCCUGGAGGUGUUGGAAGAUAAUAAGCAGUGGUGGAAACUGCUAAACCGGAGCGGGCAGGCUGGUUAUGUCCCCUAUAACAUCCUGGAUGUGGUGAAACUGGAAGAUUAUGAACAGCUCUAUAGUCAGAAGUACAAAGGAGACUUGAGUCCGAGAGGAAUUGGUCCUGCCAGCCCUACUCACAGGAUUCCUGGUAGCUACGCUGGUGAUAAAUGGGGAAGUGAAAUGUUAGCCGGGAACUCUCCUCACAAUGCCAAAGAACAACUUAUCCAUCAUAUGGAUGAGGUGAAUGAUGAGCUGCUGAAGAAGAUCACAACUAGUAAAGUUCAGCCCCCCCAGAGAAACUUUAAGGUGGAGAAACCUCAGCAAGUUGCCGUGCCCCUGACGUUUGAGUCAAGCGCUGAAGAGGUCAAAGCGUGGCUGGAAGCAAAUUCCUUCAGCAAAGGGACCGUGGAGCAUCUUGGCAUACUUACGGGGGCCCAGCUUUUCUCUCUGAAUAAGGAGGAAUUGAAGAAAGUGUGUCACGAAGGAGCCAGGGUAUACAGUAAAAUUACAGUGCAAAAAUCUCUCCUGGAGAAAUGCGGAGGGGAUUCAGAGCUUCAAGAAAUUAUGAGACGUCGCCAAGAGAGGAGUGAUUCUGCUCUUUAA